AUGAAGGCCUUCUCUCUCGUCGUUGCGCUGCUGGUCGCCCAUGGCGCAGCGGCUGCCAGAUCUCAUUCGCGCACUGGCAGCAAGCGUCAAUAUGAUUCUGAAUCGGGCCCUACUGUCCCAUCCUACUAUUUCGACGUUCCUGUCGAUCACUUCUCAUCAAAUACGGAUACUUAUAAGAACCUUUAUUAUGUUAACGAUACCUACUACAAGACUGGAGGACCAGUCAUCCUCCAAGAUAUGGGAGAGGAGGGUUUCACUCAAUCUGCUGCCCAGAUCUAUAUGGCAGAAGAGGAUGCCAGAAGUGCCUCUAUGGAGCUUGCAAGGCAACUGCAUGGCAUUGUCAUUGGCUGGGAGCACCGUUACUACGGACGUAGUCUUCCUGUGGAAAUUGAUGACGAGACUUAUGUUCCAAAGCAGGGCCUUGGCGGCUACAAAUACUUGACCGUACAACAAGCCUUGGAGGAUGUUGCCUACUUCGCCAACAACUUCAACAAGACCGACCUGGCGGACAACAAGGUUAUUAAGAGCACUGCUAGCCUGGACCCAUACCACACUCCUUGGAUCUUCAUCGGAGGCUCAUACCCCGGAUCGCGUGCUGCAUGGCUGCGACUGACCCACCCGGAGAUCAUCUAUGCCUCAUGGGCUUCCAGUGCGCCAGUACAAACACAGUACGACGGCUCUCUGUACUUUGACCCCAUUGCACGCGCACUCCCUAAGAAUUGCACGAAUGAUUUCGCCGCUGCCGCCAAAUACAUUGACGAAACGUUCAAAUCAGGCACAGAGGCAGAGCUUUCUGCUAUGGAAUACGCCUAUUCUAACAUUUUCAGUUAUGGGGAAUACGACUAUGAUUACUCUGAUGAAUCCGAUUUCUCGGAUGACUACUCUAAUGAGGUCACUGCCUAUGCUAUAGGCGAAGCAUUUGCAGACUUAAUCGCCGGUGGUGGCCAGUACCAAGAUGCUGGAGCGGCAACAACCACCCAGCUCAUCUGUGAUUAUAUGGAAGGCUUUGACGUGAAGGGUUUCAAGAAAGGUGUCUCAGAUGCCUCAAGUCGCAAGAGUAUCUUGUCUGUUCUUGAGGAUCUCGAUAGUUCGGACUCGGACUUCCCAAUUGAUGGAGUCGCUGCCAGCAUCGACGGCAAUGGUGACUACUAUGCUUUCUGGGCUGCAAUUUGGGGUGCCUACAACUUCUACCAAAAUGACUCGUACUACCUAUCUGUCAAGCGCUCCAGAUCUCCUCGCGGCCGUAAGUUGAGGAUCCCUGAUGCUGAGGAGGAUACCACAAUUCCCGACAACUAUGCCUGGAUCUGGCAGACCCUUCAGGAGGUUGGGUACUACCAAGCCUCGAACGACUCCAACAACGGAGAGAGCUACCCCUUGCUCAGCGACUACUUCAAUACCUCAAGCUUCCGCAUCGAGCUGAUAGAGUCUUUCGAAGAUUACUCCUCUUCCGAUUUCCCCACCAACCUGAACAACAGCUGGCUGGAGUCUCUGGGCGGCUGGAACAUCAAGGCUAGCAACGUUAUGUUUACCAACGGCGAAUUUGAUCCAUGGCGCGCGUUCAGCGUGGCUACUCAGGAGUCUCACGCUGGGGCCCCUAACCGCACCAUCACUCAGGACGUGCCGGCUUGCAAUAAGGUUUCAGAUGGCCAGGAUGUAUUCGGCGUUGUUUACGACGGUGCCGUGCACGCUUCUGAUCUCGUCUGGUGGCCUGGUAUCGACGGCGGUCAAGCUAAUUUGACCAAACCUUUGGAUGAUGGUGUUCACCUUUUCCUUAAUGCCUGGAGUGUGUGGUCUAAAUGCUUCAACACCAGUCGCGAUGACAUCCGCAAUGGAAAGGGUGUCGAUGGCUCAGGUCAUGGAGCAAAUGGCAGCACUCCAAGCUCGGACCCUGGCUCUGGGUCAAGUGAUAAUAGUGAUGACAAGAAAAAUGCCGCAAGCCGUGCUACUGAAGUUCUCAGUUUUGCUUCACUGGGCGCCUUGGUCGCUGGUUUGUUUGUUAUCAUAUAG